AUGGGCGAAGCCGAAGACGAAACAGGUGUGCAGCGCGAAAUUGACAUUGUGGGCCGAGUGACAGAGAACAUCUCAAAAAUGUUGGAUGACAAACUGGCCGGUGUGAUAAAACCUAUGAACGAACUCACGGAGAAGUUCGACACAUUGAUAGAAAGGGUGGAGGCUGUGGAGCAGCGGGUCUCAGAUUUGGAAGAUAUCACAGCGGCAAACGAUCCGCGCAUUUGCGCUCUCGAGACCCAGCUGAAAAAGGCAAUGGAGCGUCUGGACAGUUUUGAGAACCAGAGCCGCCGACAAAACGUGAGGAUUAUAGGACUGAAAGAGGGAGCUGAGGGGGACGCGCCGGUGAAGUUUUUUGAAAGGUGGAUUCCAGAGGUUUUGGGCCUGGAGGAGACUGUGAUGAUCGAUAGAGCACACCGGACGGGACCGCCAGUAAAGUUCGCCGGGAAGGAAGGUCCACGCGCCGUCCUGGUACGAAUGCAUUACUACACCGACACGCGCAAGAUUCUCCAGGCUGCGAGGAUCAAAGGAAACGUGAGCACGCCGGCAGGCAAAGUCUCCUUUUAUCAGGAUUUCUCCGCGGAGGUGGUGAAGAAGAGGAGGGAAUCAGCGACAGCGCGCAGAACGCUUCGUGAGGCCGGGGUAAAAUAUGCCUUUUUGUAUCCAGCUACUAUCAAGAUAUUCAACCCUGACGGCACCAACCAUUCCCUCAGGACCGCGGAGGAGAUUAAGAAAUAUGUGGACAAGUUGCAAGGAACUUCAUAA